AUUGGAAGAUGUUUGUAUGCACCUACGCGUUUUGGAUUAAUCCGUUCCUGCUACAAAUAUCUAUCGUUAGAGUAGUUACAACAUCGGACGAUGAUCGUACACAUAUCCAGGCGGAUCUGAAAGCCCGAAGGUGAAAAAAAAAUGGGUAAAGAUGGCCGGUCUCGACUGUGAUUCAGCGUUGGACGAUGCGAGCUCCGAAACCCGCCGGUCUCUCCUUCUUCCUUCCAGGAAUUCGUACACUGCCAAUUGAGAGAGCCUUCGGCAUCACGACUUCAUUCAACAAGAGUAGCCCAUACGUGAUACGGAUGGACAAGCCUAUCCAAACUAUAACUGUAUUUUAAUUCUUAUCUUCGGUUUUUCUUCUUUGCACGUGGACGAGAAUACGCACGCACCAAAUAAACUGUAUUAUUCAACUUCGAAAAUUCCACAUUUUAUUGCUAAGAAAAUCCAUCGAUAACAACAUUAUUGUUUAGUUCAUUUAAACAAAAAGAAAAAGAAACAAACAACGAAUGGGUUGAAAAUCUUCCAAUUGCCGACGAUCAGUCGAACGGAUCUGAUCGAUCUCAGUGUUCUAGGAUCCAAUAAAUCAAAGGUGAAGAAGUAUUAUCGUAAUAAGGUCUCCUAUGUCGAAGCUCGAACUCUUUCACUUAGUCACUUUCCACAUCGACUGCACCGAACUGAAUCCGUGAGAAACCUGUGUUCUUCAAACUAGGAAGAGCUUGAUGACGCACGCAAAUUACCAGGAAGAAAUUGUCUUGUAAGUCGAAAGAUACGCGACGACGAGUCAGCCGAUGCGUGUGUCGUUGGAAUACAAGACACGAUUCCUCGCGUUUUCCUUCUCGUCCAAAUUAUUCAAAUCGUCUUCGUGGUUGUUUUUAUCGUUGAUGUCGAUGUCCAUGAAUCAUUCGCGAUCUACCACCAAUGCAAAAAUCAAGAUCGAAGAUCGAGAACGUUGCUCAACAUCGAACAAGAUGGUACAAAUCACCCGAUUGAUCCUCAAAAACGAGGAUCGUUUUAAAUCGGCCGAUGAGUUUUGUGUUUCUGAACAUCAAUCGAGUUUCACUUCAAAAAACAAUGAGAAGAAAAAAUCGAAAGAAGAUUUUCGAAAAGAAUUAUUCAAUUUCAACGAAUCGACGAAAAACAUAGAUGAAAAAUCAAAUCACGACAUUAGCACAAAACUCGAAACACUUCGAGUCUCUUCGAAAAGCUCUGCAGAUAUUUUCUAUGAGAUUUCCAAAAAGAAGAUUAUACGUCAUAUUGAAGAUGAUCAAGAAAAUGAUGUGGAAAAACAAUUGGAAUUAGAGGAAGGAGGAUUGACUGAUUCAAGUCCUGUUAUGGUCCCAUAUGAUCCAUCCGAGUGGAAUUCGAGUCACGUAGCAUCGUGGAUUUCAUGGUGCUGUCGAGCAUUUUCUAUAAAAGAACCACCGACACCGAAGACUCUUCCAUCGACCGGGAAGGAGUUGCUGAAGUUGUCAUUGGAGGAUUGGCAAGGUAUUUCGGGUGGUCGAAUUUUGGCGAGGCAUUUGGGUUAUCUGCGUUUACAGGCAACCGGUGUGCACAGUCCGGCGUUGCUUCAAGAUGAGAAAGUGGAAGAAAGGUUCGGCCUCCUACAACGGACUUGCUCGCUGAUUGGAUCGACAGCUGGAGCCGGGGCUUCCGGGGCGGUCGGAGGCGGACAGGUUCAACUCUGGCAAUUCCUGCUGGAGCUACUCUCGGAUUCGUCCAAUUCUUCCUGCAUAGCGUGGGAGGGAUCUGACGGGGAAUUCAAGCUCACCGAUCCGGACGAAGUCGCUAGAAGAUGGGGAGAACGCAAAAGCAAACCUAAUAUGAACUAUGAUAAACUUUCGCGGGCACUCAGAUAUUACUACGAUAAAAACAUUAUGACAAAAGUGCAUGGGAAACGUUACGCGUACAAAUUCGACUUUCAUGGUCUAAUGAUAGCGUGCCAAGCACAAGCGGGAAUCUCGAUGGAACCACCCGUGUCUUCUCGAGGAACUGGACCAAACUGUCAUCCUCAUCACACGCAUCAUGCUCAUCAUCUUUAUUCAACAGGAAGUACAACCGGAACUCAACAUCAUUCUAUACCUCCGCCUCCUCCUCUACCACCUCCACCACCACCACCACAUUAUUGUUGGCCAUAUCAUCGAUAUUCGCCACCAACGUAACGCCAACUCUUAUUAUUCCUCGAAUUUAUGAACAACGUGAAUCUUUACAGAACUUUUUAACGAAUCGAAGGAAACGUGUUUGAUCAUUGUUGUUAAAUAAACAUAAAGAGAAUAACUCUUAAUUCGAUUUGAUAUGAACGCAAUUAUUGCGUUCAAGUUCGCAUGUACAAUUUUGGUGUAUAUUUUGUAAAACUACUUUCUAUAUAUAUAUAUAUCUAAUAAAAAUCAACUUGUGAUCAAGUAAUGCAAUACAUAUGUGUAAAGCUAAGGUAUAAUA